UACGGCCACGCCCCACGUCGCAGGGCAGCUAGACCUAAACGCAAUUUGGCCUCGGCGCCACGUUAGCAAGUUGAUAGCAUAUCUUAUUUCUUCUGCCUGUAUCACAUACUGUACAAAUCGCUUACGGGUUCGGUAUCCACCCGCUCUUGCUCGUUUGGGCGGCAGAUCUCUAGUGGGCGCCAGGGCGCAACAACGCUUCCAGCCGCGCAGUAGCGGCGCCCCAGACAUGUGCUGAUUGAAGGCUCUCGCGGCAUCGCGUUCGCCUGCACAGCCGCUUCUGAGGUCGGCACCCUCGCCAAAAAUACCAUCGCCGCACGCUUGACACAACCAUGGACCUUCAGCAGCUUCCUCAGCUGGAGGCGCUAUGCGAGCGCUUGUACACGGCUCAGAGUCAGGCGGAGCGUGUGCAGGUGGAGCAGAUGCUGGGGGUGUUCGGGCAGUCUACUGAGCACGUGCCCGCGCUCAAGGCCAUCCUGGACAACAGCCGCUCUCCGUAUGCGCAGCUGCUGGCCAGCUCCUCGCUAACCAAGCUGCUCACGGAGCACUCGCUCAAUCCAAGUGUGCGCGCUGACAUGAAGAACUACUUCCUGAGCUUCCUUGACAGCAACUGCGGCACGCUGGAGCACUUUGUGGCGAGCUCGCUGGUGCAGUUGCUGUGCCGCACCGCCAAGCUGGGCUGGUUCGACGCCGACACGCACCGGGCCAUCGUGGACGACGCCAAGGCGUUCCUGGAGAAGGGCAGCCCGGCGCACUACCUGACCGGGCUGCGCAUCCUCAACACCAUCGUGCAGGAGAUGAACCAGGCCACGCCGGGGCGAACGCUGACUCAGCACCGCAAGGCGGCGGUCAACUUUCGGGACACAGCGCUGCUCAAGGCGUUCCAGGUUUCGCUGUUGGCGUUACAGGAGCUCGCGGCGCGGCGGGCGGACGACAAGCUGCGUGCCGAGUGCCUGAACCUGGCCCUGGCGUGCCUGUCCUUUGACUUCGUGGGCACCUGCCUGGACGAGAGCAGCGAGGAGCUGUGCACCAUCCAGGUGCCCUCCGCAUGGCGGCCGGCGGUGGAGGACCCCGCCACACUCAAGCUGUUCCUGGACCAGUACACCUGCUCCCAGCCGCCACUGUCGUCCACCGCACUCGAGUGCAUGGUGCGCCUGGCCAGCGUGCGCCGCAGCCUGUUCACCUCGGAGGGCGAGCGCUUCAAGUUCCUGAACCGGCUGGUGGCCGCGUCGCGAUCCAUGCUGGAUCCGGGGGCUCGGCCGCGGCUGGCGCAGCACGAGAACUUCCAUGGGCUGUGCCGGCUGCUGGGGCGGCUCAAGACCAACUACCAGCUCAGCGAGCUGGUGGCAGUGGACGGCUACACGGACUGGAUCCAGGCGGUGGCGCAGCUGACCGUGUACGCGCUGCAGCAGUGGGAGUGGGCCGGCAGCGCCUCCUACUACCUGCUGGGCCUGUGGAGCCGGCUGGUCUCCUCCAUGCCCUACCUCAAAGGCGACGCGCCUAGCCUGUUGGAAGGCAACGUGCCAGCUAUCACCCAGGCCUACGUCAGCAGCAGGCUGGAGUCUGUGGCACGCUGUGCCGCCAACCCCAGCCUGGACGACAUGCUGGACAGUGAGGAGCAGCUGUCAGAGCAACUAGACGCGCUGCCCUUCUUGAUGAGGUACCAGUACGACCGCAGCGCGCAGUACCUCACCUCGCUCAUGGACCCCGCCAUUGAGUACUUCAAGCAGGCGGCGCAGCAGCCCAUGGCCGCGCCGCAGCUGUGCCUGCUGGAGGGCCAGCUGACGUGGCUGGUCUACAUCGCCGGCGCCGUCAUAAAGGGCCGCCUGUCCUCGUCCGUCAGCGCAGACAGCCAG